GAGGAGCCAGGAGCAAACUUCAGCUGUCUCCGCGGAUCCGUGAUUCCCGCAUUUGGAGGAGCCGCGUGCCAAGAGGCGCAGGACCCCACGGGGGACGAAGAGGAGCCCCGAGGCUCCCUCGCCCCCUCCUCAAGGCCGGAGCCGUGGGCUGAGUCGCGCCGGACAGCCGCAGCGGAGGAGGCUAGGACAAGAUGCGGGGCUCUGGGCCCCGGGGUGCGGGACGCCGGCGGCCCCCGGGCGGCGGCGGAGACCCCCCUGGCACUCCCGCGUCCCUGGCCGGCUGCUACUCUGCGCCUCGCAGGGCUCCCCUCUGGACGUGCCUUCUCCUGUGCGCCGCGCUCCGGACCCUCUUGGCCAGUCCCAGCAACGAAGUAAAUCUAUUGGAUUCACGCACUGUCAUGGGGGACCUGGGAUGGAUUGCAUUUCCAAAAAAUGGGUGGGAAGAGAUUGGUGAAGUUGAUGAAAAUUAUGCCCCUAUCCACACAUACCAAGUAUGCAAAGUUAUGGAACAGAAUCAGAAUAACUGGCUUUUGACCAGCUGGAUUUCCAACGAAGGUGCUUCCAGAAUCUUCAUAGAACUCAAAUUUACUCUGCGGGACUGCAACAGCCUUCCUGGAGGACUGGGGACCUGUAAGGAAACUUUUAAUAUGUAUUAUUUUGAGUCAGAUAAUGAGAAUGGGAGAAACAUCAAGGAAAACCAGUACAUCAAAAUUGAUACCAUUGCUGCUGAUGAAAGCUUCACAGAACUUGAUCUCGGUGACCGUGUUAUGAAACUGAAUACAGAGGUCAGAGAUGUAGGACCUCUAAGCAAAAAGGGAUUUUAUCUUGCUUUUCAAGAUGUCGGUGCUUGCAUUGCUCUGGUUUCUGUGCGUGUAUACUAUAAAAAAUGCCCUUCUGUGGUACGACACUUGGCUGUCUUCCCUGACACCAUCACUGGAGCUGAUUCUUCCCAGUUGCUUGAAGUGUCAGGCUCUUGUGUCAACCAUUCUGUGACAGAUGAACCUCCCAAAAUGCACUGCAGCGCCGAAGGGGAGUGGCUGGUGCCCAUCGGGAAAUGCAUGUGCAAGGCAGGAUAUGAAGAGAAAAAUGGCACCUGUCAAGUGUGCAGACCUGGGUUCUUCAAAGCCUCACCUCACAGCCAGAGCUGCGGCAAAUGUCCACCUCACAGUUAUACCCAUGAGGAAGCUUCAACCUCUUGUGUCUGUGAAAAGGAUUAUUUCAGGAGGGAGUCUGAUCCACCCACAAUGGCAUGCACAAGACCCCCCUCCGCUCCUCGGAAUGCCAUCUCAAAUGUUAAUGAAACUAGUGUCUUUCUGGAAUGGAUUCCGCCUGCUGACACUGGUGGAAGGAAAGACGUGUCAUAUUAUAUUGCAUGCAAGAAGUGCAACUCCCAUGCAGGUGUGUGUGAGGAGUGUGGCGGUCAUGUCAGGUACCUCCCCCGGCAAAGCGACCUGAAAAACACCUCUGUCAUGAUGGUGGAUCUGCUUGCUCACACAAACUAUACCUUUGAGAUUGAGGCAGUGAAUGGAGUGUCCGACUUGAGCCCAGGAGCCCGGCAGUAUGUGUCUGUAAAUGUAACCACAAAUCAAGCAGCCCCAUCUCCAGUUACGAAUGUGAAAAAGGGAAAGAUUGCAAAAAACAGCAUCUCUUUGUCUUGGCAAGAGCCAGAUCGCCCCAAUGGAAUCAUCCUUGAGUAUGAAAUCAAAUAUUUUGAAAAGGACCAAGAGACCAGCUACACAAUUAUCAAAUCUAAAGAGACAACUAUUACUGCAGAGGGCUUGAAACCAGCUUCAGUAUAUAUCUUCCAAAUUCGAGCACGUACAGCAGCAGGCUAUGGUGUCUUCAGUCGAAGAUUUGAGUUUGAAACCACCCCAGUGUCAGUUGCAGCAUCCAGUGAUCAAAGCCAGAUUCCUAUAAUUGCCGUGUCUGUGACAGUGGGAGUCAUUUUGUUGGCAGUGGUUAUCGGCUUCCUCCUCAGUGGAAGUUGCUGCGAAUGUGGCUGUGGGAGGGCUUCUUCCCUGUGCGCUGUUGCCCAUCCAAGCCUAAUAUGGCGGUGUGGCUACAGCAAAGCAAAGCAAGACCCAGAAGAGGAAAAGAUGCAUUUUCAUAAUGGGCACAUUAAACUUCCAGGAGUAAGAACUUAUAUUGAUCCACAUACCUAUGAGGAUCCCAAUCAAGCUGUCCAUGAAUUUGCCAAGGAGAUAGAAGCUUCAUGUAUCACCAUUGAGAGAGUUAUUGGGGCAGGUGAAUUUGGUGAAGUUUGUAGUGGACGUUUGAAACUACCAGGAAAAAGAGAAUUACCUGUGGCUAUCAAAACCCUUAAAGUAGGUUAUACUGAAAAACAACGCAGAGACUUCCUAGGUGAAGCAAGUAUCAUGGGACAGUUUGAUCAUCCUAACAUCAUCCAUUUGGAAGGUGUUGUGACCAAAAGUAAACCAGUGAUGAUAGUAACAGAAUAUAUGGAGAAUGGCUCUUUGGAUACAUUUUUAAAGAAAAAUGAUGGUCAGUUCACUGUGAUUCAGCUUGUUGGCAUGCUGAGAGGCAUCGCUGCAGGAAUGAAGUACCUUUCUGACAUGGGCUAUGUGCAUAGAGACCUUGCUGCUAGAAAUAUCUUAAUCAACAGUAACCUUGUGUGCAAAGUGUCUGACUUUGGACUUUCCAGGGUAUUAGAAGAUGAUCCUGAGGCAGCUUACACCACAAGGGGAGGCAAAAUUCCAAUCAGAUGGACUGCCCCAGAAGCAAUAGCUUUCCGAAAGUUUACCUCUGCAAGUGAUGUCUGGAGUUAUGGAAUAGUAAUGUGGGAAGUUGUGUCUUAUGGAGAGAGACCCUAUUGGGAGAUGACCAAUCAAGAUGUAAUUAAAGCAGUAGAGGAAGGCUACCGUCUGCCAAGCCCCAUGGAUUGUCCUGCUGCUCUCUAUCAAUUAAUGCUGGAUUGCUGGCAGAAAGACAGAAAUAGCAGGCCCAAGUUUGAAGAAAUAGUCAACAUGUUGGACAAGCUGAUACGUAACCCAAGUAGUUUGAAGACGCUGGUUAACGCAUCAUGCAGAGUAUCUAAUUUACUGGCAGAACAUGGCCCACUAGGAUCUGGGGCCUACAGAUCAGUAGGUGAAUGGCUAGAAGCAAUCAAGAUGGGCCGAUACACAGAGAUUUUCAUGGAAAAUGGAUACAGUUCAAUGGACGCUGUGGCUCAGGUGACCUUGGAGGAUUUGAGACGACUUGGAGUGACUCUUGUCGGUCACCAGAAGAAGAUCAUGAACAGCCUUCAAGAAAUGAAGGUGCAGCUGGUAAACGGAAUGGUGCCAUUGUAACUUUAUGUUAAUGUCACUUCUUCAAAUGAAUGAUUCUGCACUUUGUAAACAGCCCUGAGAUUUAUUUUAACAAAAAAGGGGGAAAAAGGGAAAACAGUGAUUUCUAAACCUUUGGAGAGCAUUCGUCUCAGCCACAGAAUUUGUAAUCAUGGUUUUACUAAAAUCUUCAUAUUUUCCACCCAGUGUCUUCACUUUUUAUGAAGCAAAUAUAACCUUCAUUAAAAAAGAAAAAUUCCACGAGGUUAAACUUCAUCUUAUGUUACAAAAACAACAAAAUCCUUCCCAAUACUUCUACACAAUUUUGUACAUGAAAUAUAUAAAUAUACAGUACCUUUAUAGACUGAAUUAAGGCAACCCCUGUCAAAAAUUCCAGGGAUCUACUUGAAAGGAAUAAUUUUAUAGCCAUUUCUGGGCUAACAAAAGCUGAAGUUUACCGAAGUUUACGUCAAGUCUAAAUUGUCUGCAUAAGUGUAUUGAAGAGCAAUAUGAUUAGGUUAUUUCUUAAUAGUUUUCUUCUUUUGUAAUUUUAAAAUGCUGUUACACAGUGUUAAGUUAUAGAAACUAGUGUAUAAACAUGUUGUUUGAUCAAGAAAAACUACAAUUCAAGGUGUAUAUUUAUUUCUCUGUUAUAAAAUUUACUUUUAUUUGCUCUUCUAGAGACUAUUAGGAAAUAACUGUGUAUAUACUGUAUAAUUUGCAAUAUACCCAGGAACUGAUUUAAGUUGGAGUUGUGUGUAUGCUUGCACAUUUGUGUGUUACCAUUCUGCUUGCAUUUUUAAUAGCGUUUUAAUUUUAGCAUCAUAUAGGAACACGUGUUCCAGAGUGUAACAUGAAUAGGAGAAACAGGGAAGCAGUAAAACAAAAUUUAACACAAGCUUGUGUCUCUUUUCCUCUCAUGUGUCCAAAAGCUAAUCUCUUUAUUCACUAACGGGAAAUGUGUAUACGAUUAAAUCCCCCUUGGCUUUUUAAAAAGCACUUUGUGAUAUCUGUGACAAUGCAGUUCUUCUAGCCAUUAAUCUUGUACCCCUGUAAGAAAUUUCACCUUUCUGAGUCCUAGAAAAUGUCUUGUCACGCAAAGUUGACACCAAAGGGCACAUUUUCAGCGGGAUGUAGAAGGAUUUAACUGUGCAGGCUUCUGUUAAUGUUGUUAAAUCCAGGCACAUAGCACGAAGCAUCACUCUUAAGUGUUAAUCCUUUGUAACCAUUCCCAUUUUGACUCAGUUUUAGAAAUUUUGAUUCUAAGGCAGCAAUGGAAUGAUGACAAACAUAAAUAUAUAUAUAUAUGUGUGUGUGUGUAUAUAUAUAUAUUUACAUAUAUAUAUACAUACUUUUUUUCCCUUCAGAAUUGACAAGCUUUAUUUUGUAAUGGCUGUUAGUUCAUUUGUUAAUUUCAUUUUGUAUUCAUUUAAUCUAUUUAGGUGUUCUUAAUUGGACACUUUAAGAAAUAUAAGAUGUCCUUCGUACUCUCUAUCUAACACACAUGGGAAAGACUUAUGUCUGUAAUACAAAUUAUACAGUUUAUUAGAAAUUAUACAAAAUUGGGCUCCUGAGCUAACCAACAAUUUUGUAUUAUUAUACUUUAUAAAAAAUCAUGGAAUGUCAUCUGAUUUUUUAAAAAACAGAAUAUUUAAAUAAAAUAUAGCCUACUUGUGGAUUUCAAUGGCAACAGUACAAUAUAUCAAAGUAGCCUGGAUUAGUGAAAUCCAUGGGAAUUAUAGCUGGGUUAAAUGAAUGAUACUUUUUCUCCCCAAGCAAUUGUUUAACUUUAAUGUUAGCACGUACAAGAAUCAGCUUUGGGGAAAGAGCAUCUUUCAAUUUUGCCCAUCCUUUACUUAAACAGUAAAGUACUUCUUAGCUAAAAAAUAAGGAAAAAUCA